AUGGAGUGUCAACUUUGUCAUAACUAUCAUAGCAAAUUUUGGUGUACAAUUUGUCUUCGUGAAAAAUUGAGAACGUAUAGUGUGGAGCUAAAGCAGAUCAAUCAAGUUAAACAGCAAAAAAUAGAACGAGCUAAUAAAUUUCUUUCGGGAUCUACGAGGAAAUUUCAAAUAAGUUUAGCUGAUAAACAUGCUAGUCUACAAAAAUUAAAUAACUUGGAAGUAGAAAUAAAUAAAAGAAAAGAAGAAAUAAUUAGAGAUCGUCAAGAAAUUGAUUUAAGGAAAAAAAAUUUACAAGCAAGAAAACAAGUAUUAUUAGAUUCUCGUGCUUAUUUCAAAAAGUUUAAAUCACAUCAAAAAAUUGUAAUAACAAAAGACAUUGAUAAUAUUAAAGAAAAAUGGCGCAAUGUGCAUCAAGUUUUAAUUCAAUCAAGAAAAGUUUUAAUUAGUGAAUUAGUCUCUAUAUUUGAUUUAAAAAAAUUAAAUGAUUAUGAAACAAAAUAUUACCAGAAUAAUGGAAUUUUGAGUGGCGGUAGUAUUAGUAAAUUAAUAUCUUCUCCAAAUGGAAAAGUUGAUGAUGAUUCUGAGUAUUCAAUUGCUGGAAGAAGUUUACCCAAAAAAUCCGAUUUUACAAGAUACCCAUUUGAAGAUAUUAAUACAGCGGUGGGUCAUGUAAUACAUUUGUUGGGUUUAAUAGCUCAUUAUCUUGGUGUAAAACUUCCAUUUACAUUAGUUAACAAAGGAUCAAAUUCAUACGCUGAAGGUUCAUUGAAUGAAAUAGCGGGAAGUAAAAGGCCACCACUUUUUUUAACAGCUGAAAAUUUAGAGAGUUUUACUGUAGGAAUGGCUAUGCUUAAUUACAAUGUUGCUUAUCUAUGUCAUACACAAGGUAUUGAAAUACCUUAUCAUAAAGUUCCUCAUACUUUACAUAACUUAUUUCAUUGUUGUAAUGCUCCUAAUCUUGGAAGGUAUGGGCAUCUUACGGCACUUAAUCGAAUACCUGAUCAAUCGUUUAACUUGGAUUUUCAAGAAGUUGUACGAGUAAUGUUGGCACGUAGAAAUAGCUCAGAUAAUAACAUUAUAGGAACUACUUUAAAUGAUUAUUUUGAAGGAGAUAAUGAAGAAGAUAAUGAAAAUGAGGAUGGUGAAACAUGGGUUCUUUGUGAUACUGUAUAA